UGGCUGCUUCCCUCCAAUUUCUCUUCUUCCUCAAACCCCCGCCUUGUUAACCUGUGCCCUCCCCUCUCUGGCGCACUGUAGUAAACGCCGUUCGCUUCGCUCUCUCUUCACCCUCUUCAUGGCUUGUCUAUCUUCACCAUCAACCGACCCAAAAUCUCUACCCCUGGGUCGGAUCCAGGUCCUGAAGGAAGGGUCACAGUCAUUGAAAAAAGGUCCCGUGGUGUACUGGAUGUUUAGAGAUCAACGGUUAAAAGACAACUGGGCUUUGAUACACGCCGUUGAUCAAGCCAACAAGGCAAAUGUGCCUGUGUCUAUAGCUUUCAAUCUUUUUGAUCAAUUCUUGGGGGCUAAAGCAAGGCAACUAGGGUUCAUGUUGAAAGGUUUAAGCGAACUGCAAAGAAGUAUUCAAGACAUUCUUCAGAUACCCUUUUUUUUCUUUCAAGGAGAGGCUGAAGAAACAAUACCGAAGUUUCUUGAAGAAUGUGGGGCGUCACUUUUAGUUACAGAUUUCUCACCGUUAAGGCAGAUUCGAAAAUGUAAAGAUAAAAUUUGUGAGAAGGUGAGUGAUUCAGUGACCGUACAUGAGGUUGAUGCCCACAAUAUAGUUCCUGUUUGGGUUGCAUCACAGAAGUUGGAGUAUAGUGCAAAGACGAUAAGGGGUAAAAUAAAUAAACUGCUUCCCGAGUACUUAACUGACUUUCCUACAUUGCAACCACCAAACAAGAAAUGGGAUGCAAUGAAUCAGUUGAUUGAUUGGGACAGUCUCAUUGCCGAUGUUUUGAGGAAAGGGGCAGAAGUACCUGAAAUUGAAUGGUGUGAACCAGGAGAAAUUGCAGCAAUGGAAGUAUUGAUGGGAACCAAAGAUGGAUUCUUGACAAAAAGGUUGAAGAAUUAUUCUACAGAUCGGAAUAUUCCUUUAAAACCCAGAGCUCUCUCUUGUCUGUCACCAUAUCUUCAUUUUGGGCAGAUUUCUGGACAGAGAUGUGCCUUAGAGGCACGUAGAUUUCGAAAACUUCAUGCUCAGGCAGUUGAUACCUUUCUAGAGGAGUUAAUCAUUCGCAGAGAACUUGCUGAUAACUUUUGCUAUUAUCAGCCUCAUUAUGAUUCAUUAGAGGGGGCGUGGGAAUGGGCACGUAAGACCUUGAUGGACCAUGCCUCUGAUAAACGAGAACAUGUUUACACGAUGGAGCAAUUGGAAAAGGCACAAACAUCUGAUCCUCUCUGGAAUUCUUCGCAGCUGGAGAUGGUUCACUUCGGAAAGAUGCAUGGUUUUAUGCGUAUGUACUGGGCUAAGAAGAUUCUUGAGUGGACAAAGGGACCUAAAGAGGCCAUUGAAAUAUGCAUUCACCUGAAUGACAAGUAUGAAAUAGAUGGGAGAGAUCCAAAUGGUUAUGUUGGUUGCAUGUGGUCAAUUUGUGGCGUGCAUGACCAGGGAUGGCGAGAGCGACCUGUUUUUGGGAAAAUACGCUAUAUGAACUAUGCUGGAUGCAAAAGGAAGUUCGAUGUUGAUGGAUACAUUGCAUACAUCAAAAGGCUGGUGGGUGAAACUAAGAAGAGAAAGGCAGAAAGCCAGCACAGUCAAAUGAAGAAACAGCUACGCCGUUAAUUAACAUCUGCGAAAUUAGGUUCUAGGUUUUCCACUCCGCCGGAGUGUUCGUCCUGGAAGGAGUCUGAUAAUCCCAAUGGAGGCAUUGGUUUAGAUUAGAAUUAAAUUCCACACCUAUAUCCAACUAACCCAUGUAUUUGGGAUGACGUGCAAGCCAUUGCCGUCCCCGUAAUCGUUAAAACUUUUAACAAAUCGUUGAUCUCUACAUAUCAUUGGUUGUACCAAAGAUUUGUUCAAGGUGAACCUUAGCUGCAUCAGAAAUCUUUUCUCAUCA